ACACACAUGUGCAUCUUUCUCAGGUUCCGGUGGGCUUGGGAGACCCGUUCUCGUUUGAGAUCUCCAGGCUGCUGCAGGAGGGGUGGAAUUGCGUGAGCAGGGCUGGUCUUCAGCAGCCUCAAUGCGGUGAUGUUUGCAGAACGCGGCUGUGCGGAAGUUCUUUCAUCCGUGCUGCAGUAGGGGUUAGUCUUUCAGCAAUUAUUCUCGCCACAACUUUACCGUGGGAUAAAACAAGAAGAUUUAAAACUCUCACAAAACAGUGGCGUAGUUGGAAUAAUACUAAUUUUACCUCAGCAACCAUUUCGGUUGAGUCAACUCAGCUUCUUCAUGAAAGCUUGUCCAACAAGCUGUAGAGGCCUUGGUGCUUAAUGAGGAUACAUCCUCUCACUAUACACAAUGCCCAGGCCCAGCCACAGUGACCAUGUCCUUCAGCAGCUGAAUAACCAGAGAGAAUGGGGCUUCCUGUGUGACUGCUGUAUUGCCAUUGGAGACAUUUACUUCCGGGCACACAGGGCGGUCCUGGCAGCCUGCAGUUCCUAUUUCCGAAUGAUGUUUAUCAAAGACCAGCCGGUUACAGCCCGUCUGAAUCUCAGCAACUUGCAGAUUAGUGCAGAAUGUUUCGAUCUCAUUCUUCAGCUUAUGUACCUUGGGAGAAUCUCUUUGGGCCCGUACGAGUUUGAGGAACUCAAAGCUGCUAUGGUUUAUUUGCAGAUGUAUUAUAUUCCAGAAUCUUUGGAGGACCUUAAAGAUGUCAGUCGUACAAAUCUGACUCCUUCUUUGAGUAGCAGUAAAAUGAUAUUCGGCGUCCGUAUGUAUGAGCAGAAGACCGGCAGCGUUGUAGAAGCUGAAAGGUUGCAGCAAGCCACCAGCUCAACACCAGCUGUGCAAAGUAGUAGUAGUAGUAGUAGCAGCAGCAGCAACAGGCAGCCUGACGAUAUCCUGGUGUCUCAUGUUAUGUCUAAUGUAGACACUGUUUCUGAACAGCCAUGUGACCUGCGCAAGAAACCCUGCAGUAAAGUUUCACACAUUAAAGAGCGCCCACGUUUUGGAAGAACGUACACCUGCGAUGAUUGUGGGUUUGUGUUCAGCUGUGAAAAACUAUUAAUUGAACAUAUCCUGACCUGCACUAACAGAAAGGCAUUUCAGGCACCCAAACAGAGCGCUGGAAGAGACAACGGAUUUAGUAAGACUGAAAGCUCUGUCUCAGAGUCAUCAGAGGACCAGAACGACAUUUGUAAAAUGGACACAGACUGGCCGGAGCAGAAAUUGGAUACCGAAAGCUUUAAUAACGAAACUGUGAUCAAAACAGUGGGGGUAGACUGUAAACAGCCUGCAACAAGGAAUGCCACCAUUAUCAAAAUUGAGCCAGAGGAAAGUUCUGCUUUAGAGCUAAACGGCAUUAAAGUGGUCCAGGUUAGCGAUAACAGUGUGGACAAUUGUGUUCUGAGCGAUGUAUAUGAGGACAGGGUGAGAGAGUCAGUUUUUCAUGUUAAGGAUGAUGAAGCAGCCAUGUCUGGGAAGGAGAACAGUAAGGGUUCUUUCGAGAUUCAUUUGGGAAAACGAGACAAUAAAGGCACUUUAACCAAAGCCAUAAAAGAGGAAAGGCUGGACACUGUGUAUAUCACUUGCGAGCUAUGUGGGAUAUCUUUAACAGAGGAAGACCAGUCUUCCCAUUAUAUAUCGAGUCAUAUGGGACAUAUUUGUGCUUGCGGUAAGUGUGGCCAAAUAUUAAUCAAAGGCCAGCAGUUACAAGAACACGCACAGAGAUGUGGGGAAACAACUGAUUUGGAAACUGACGGUAUAGGAGAUGAGUCAGUCGACGAGGAGAAACAGUUAUUGGACGAAGGCCUAUCAGAAAGCGACGUACAGUUCGAGAGUGACGUCGCCAGGUCUUGCCAGAUGUACAAGGACGCUUGUUUCACCUUCCGUUGCCCACACUGCAGUCUGCGUUUCGAGAACGAGAAGUUAGUAGUAGACCACAUGGCCAAGUGCGCAAAGCAAAACAUGUUCAAAAGCACCUUGGCAGAGCAAAGGGAACAAGACCACAGGCGGAAGCAUUUCUGCAGCAUCUGUGGGAAGGGGUUUUACCAGCGCUGUCACCUUCGGGAACACUAUACAGUUCACACCAAGCAGAAGCAGUUCUCCUGCGUGACAUGUGGGAAGCAGUUCCUACGAGAGCGGCAGCUGCGGCUGCACAACGAUAUGCACAAAGGCAUGGCCAGGUACAUUUGCCCUGUCUGCGAUCAGGGGACUUUUCUUAAGCAUGAUCACGUGCGACACAUGAUCUCCCACCUGUCUGCCGGGGAGACUAUAUGCCAGGUGUGCUUCCAGAUAUUCUCCAACAGUGAUCAACUAGAGCAGCACAUGGAUGUGCAUUUGUACAUUUGUGGGGUUUGUGGGGAGAAGUUCAGAUUGAGGAAAGACAUGAGAAUCCACUAUAACUCUAAACACAAAUUAUGAUAGAGAAAGAGUCAUGUGUUGUAUGUAGAAGCCAUAGAUGUGAAAAGAUAAUCCUAAAAAAUACACCAAAAAAUAUAUAUAUA